AUGGAAAUAGCAUCUUCUCAAUUGCUAAAAUCUAUUUAUUCUGGUCAAGCAAGUAUCUUACUUAAGUUUUUAUACAGACAUAACUGGUUUAUUGCUGGUGGAGAAGAUAAAAAAAAUCUUUCUAACGGAGAUCUCCUUAGUCUAUUGUCAGAAGAUCAAUCACAUGAUCUUUUUAAUGCUUUUGUUUUAGCUUUUAACAAGUUGAAGGCUGAAGUAGCUCUGAGUGCUUACAUUUCUGAAAGAGAUAAAAAACGUUUCUGUAACUCACCAGAAGCAUAUUGCAGGACUGAUGUAGAUUUUUCAGUUUCAAUAUAUUCUGAAAAUCAAUUAAUAAAUAAAUCCCUUGAAGGUAUUGGCAAAUCAUCUAAAAGUUCUAAUGAUUUAGAUAUAACGACAACUAUUAUGAUUGAUGAACCACCUGGAUGUUCAGCAAAUAUAACAGAUGAUAAAAACGAAUCAGUUGCCAUCAAUGAUAAUUGUGACAGUAAAGAUGAGGUUAUUUGGAAAGUGGGACAAAAGUUUACAAGUAUUGAAUUGGUAGAGGCUUGUAAAACUAAUUAUGAGUUAAAACGACAUUGUCAACUUGUGAAGAGUAAAGUAAGAUCUUUAGAAGCUGCUAAAAAGAGAAUUUCUAAACGAAUUGCUUUAGCUAAUAUGGCAUUGCACUACCAAACUUUACAGUUUGUUUGCAAGUUUAGUGGAAAGUCGAGUCAGCCAGAAUUAGAAAGAAAGAGAAAAACUAAAUCCUUCCGUUGUGGUUGUCCGUUUGAAAUUGUGCUGGAACUUUCAGUUGACAAUCAGCACCUACAAGUGGUGCGUGUACAAGAAGAACACAAUCAUCUGGUUUCUCAGGAACUGUACAAACACUUGCCUAAACAAACAACUUUAUCUCCAGAUAUGAUGAAAAACGUUAAAGAGGCGAUUCAGUUGAAAGCAAAUAGCAAACAUCUACAGCAAAAGAUUGAGUUAUCGUCUGGCAAAAAAUGCAUAUUAAAAGAUAUUGCUAACCUUCGUCAAUAUUCUAAAGUUUCAUUUUCUGAUAAGUAAGUAUAUGACAUUGCAGAAUUUCUCAAACAACAAAAAGGAUCUGUGGUUGAAGUUCUUGUUGAUUCUGAUAAAAAGUUCAAGGGGCUUUUUUUUCAGGACUCACAAAUGCAGAAGAUAUACGAAAGGUACCCAGAGAUACUUUUUGUAGAUGGGGUUACGCAUGCCUAUUUAUUUAAUGAUUGUAAUAGAUGGAGAUGGCCAAAGUGAGAUUGUGGCUUCGUUUAUACUAGCCGAGGAAACAAAACCAAUUGUUACAGAGAUGGUGCAAAUUUUUAAAAAACACAACGGCUAUUGGAAAAAUACACGUGUAGUGAUGUCGGACAAAGACUUUACAGAAAGAGAAGCUUUUGCUGUAGCCUUUCCUGCCGCUAUGUUAUUAAUUUGUUUGUAUCAUUGUUUAUGCUCCUUUCGAAGAGAAAUUACUUGCGAGAAAAUGGGUAUCACUUCAGCCGAUAGAAAGUUGCCUUGAAAUAAUUCAAAAAAUUGCAUAUUCUAAAUCAAGUAUUGUGUACGAGCAGAAUAAACAAAUGCUUUUAGAUACAAAACUAACUGCAGUGACAGAAUAUUUUGUUAAAAAUUAGGAUCCUAUCAAACACCAAUGGGUCACAGCUUAUAAAGAUCUAUAUUUUAACCUUGGAGAAACCACUAACAAUCGUCUGGAAUCGAUGUUCAACAAUUUAAAAUCGGUUUGUACAAAGCAUACGAGUAUGAUGCAAUUUUUUAUAGAAUUUUUUGUAUUUCUUGGCGCAAUCAGGAAUGACAGAAAUCACCACCACCUUAUGUCUUUGACAAGACACGAUAUAGCUAUACCAAGUCAUCCUGAUAUGAUCUUAUACAGGGAACAUUUAACGCCUUAUGCUUUUUCUUUUGUUAUUUCACAAUUUGAAAAAAUUAAAAAUGAUUCAUCUUUUAAUUUUGAAAAAAGUGACGAAAUCGGAAACUAUAACAUAAAACAUUCUAAGUUUUUGAUUGCGUCAAAAGAGUAUUGCAAUUGCAGAUUCAUGUCUAAAAUGGAAUUACCAUGUUACCAUUUAUUCCAACUGCGUAAGUUUUUGAUGCUACCUAUGUUUGAUGUACAGUUAGUAAAUCGAAGAUGGACUAAGCAAUAUUAUAAUCAAUCUCUUCGAGCAAGAAACGAUGCCAAUAUAACUUCAAGUGUUGAAAUUGUUUCGGAAGUUGAUGUAAAACCGGUUAAAGCUUUAACACAAGCACAAAAAUAUCGAAACUUAUUGAAAACUUGUCAGCUAUUAGCUUCUGUUGGAAGCGAGGGUGGUAUAGUAAUUUUCAAAAAAAGACAUGAGCAACUGGAGGUUAUAUUAUGACAAUGGCAAAAAGGAGAAGAAGUGACACUGGUGACAAAUGAUAAUAUUAUAGAAGUUGAUAACAUUGACUUGAUCGAAUUUGAUUGUCACGUCACUAAAACAGGCAUUGAGAAGAUCAAAUCAAGCCCUAUCAGUACAAAUAAACAUAUUGAUUCUAUUGAGACUUUCCCCCUUCUUUCUGAAAAGGAUGUUCCUCAAAAUCCCGCAAAGUUAGAUCUCAAAGAAGUAUUAAUGCCGCCAAAAAUGAAAACCAAAGGCCGGCCGAAAGGGGCUAAUACAACAGUUAUUGGUGUCCCUAAAAAAAAGAAUUAUCUGAAACUAAUACCAUACAUUAAGCUAUUACCUAAGGAUAAAGACAGAUUUAUUUUAACCCGCAUAGUACAGGUUCCAGCUGUUGAAUUAGCAUUGAGUGGGGGGAAACUAAUUUGUUCGUCAGACAUCAAAAAAUCAGUUUUUUUGCCAGAUUCUCUUCGUGAUGAGAAAUCUUUGGAUAUAGAGAAGGUAGAAAUGUUCUUUAAACCUGCAGCGUGGAAAGUUGUCAAAUCUGCAAUUAUUAGCAAAAAAACGCAACAAUGGAUUUGUUCGAUUUGUAGGAACAUAUUGAAAGAUGAAGAAGAAAGUAUUAGUUGCGAUUGCUGCUUGUUGUGGAGUCAUUUAAAAUGCUCUACGCUGCGAAAAACACCUAAAACAAAAUAUUGGUUUUGUAAUAGUUGUAGGUUAGAAUCAACAUGUUGAUGGGUAAUAAUUUAUUACUUAACAAUAUUACCCGUCCUUUACUUUUGCAUAUUUUGUCAACCCGAUACUUUUUAUAUAACAAAGAAGAUAAAAGUUACGACCAAUUAAAAAAUGUAAAAGUUACUACCUGUAAAAACUUUACCUAAAGGUAAAAGUUACUGCCUGG